UUCGACCACCAUCUUGGCUGCUUUCCAGGCGACAGCAUCGGGAGUGCAGCAAUGGCAGAACAUCUGUCCCAGAGUGAGCUGGACUACCCAUUCAAACUUCUGGAGUAUUUCAACGGCUUCAGGGUCUCCAAGGUGAUAUUUUCAGCCUGUGAGCUGGGAGUGUUUGACCUCCUGCUCAAGUCCCAGGAGCCUCUGAGUGCGCAGCAUGUGGCCCGGGAGCUGGGCACCAGUGUGGACGGGAUGGAGAGGCUGCUGGACGCCCUGGUGGGCAUCGAGAUCCUGGAGGUGGAGACCACAGAUGGGACAGCUUUCUACAGCAGCACUGACGUGGCGAACCUUUACCUGGCCAAAGGCAGCGCCAAGUCUCUUCACGACAUGAUCAUCUACCAAUCCCAGACCAUCUACCCUCUGUGGAAUAACAUGGUGGACGCCGUCAGGGAGGGGAGGAAUCAGAAUGAAAAGACCUUUGGCCUUCCACCAGAGGAUGUUUUCCAGGCUAUUUACAGAUCGGAGGAGGAGAUGCUGAAAUUCAUGGGUCUCAUGAACUCCUCGUGGGUUCUUGACGGACACGACAUCGUGACAGCGUUCAACCUCUCGUGCUUCCAGACGAUUGUAGAUCUUGGAGGUUGCACUGGUGCUCUGGCUCGAGAGAUGGUGAAGGCGUAUCCCUCCUCCUCCGUCACAGUGUUUGACCUCCCGCAGGUCGUGGAAUCGACUCAGAAACAUUUCUCUCAGGAGAACGAUGCCAUUGUGUUUCAGACUGGAGAUUUCUUCAGUGGUGACAUCCCUGCUGCUGACUUGUACGUUCUGGCCAGAAUCAUUCAUGACUGGCCUGAAGAGAAGUGCCUGACUCUGCUGAAGAAGAUCUACAACACCUGCAGACCAGGUGGUGGCGUCCUGCUGGUGGAGGCCAUGCUGUUUGAGAACAGACGAGGGCCCGUCAUGGCUCAGAUCUUCUCCCUCAACAUGCUGGUGCAGGCGGAGGGCCGGGAGCGUCCGCCAUCUGAGUACACCCACAUGCUGAAGAAGACCGGCUUCCAAAACGUUCAGGUGUGUCGGACUGGAAAGUCCUACGAUGCCAUCCUGGCCAUCAGAUGAGCUCAGACUCAGAGUGUCAGUCAAGUGAAACAAUCCUUAAAAGUCUGGGAAAGUAAAGAACACUUACCUUGAACAUUUCAAGGCUUUGAAAAGUUGAGGAUAAGAAAACGAAACUAAAAGCCCCGGAACUGUUGUGCACAUGGAUCCCUGUUAUAUGUUGUGGUCAACCCUCGUGACUUGUUUUCAUGGUUUGUACUAAUACAAACAUUUUCUGGACUGAGGUAGCUGAUGGAUAAUAUUUGUACUGAAUACCUGCCUCUGUAAGUAAUACUGCAAACAUAUUAAAGAAUCAGAGCAAAGUGCUGAUUUAGAUACAAUCAAAAUCAACUGAUACUAAAGUAAAUGUUUGACAUUUUGGUAACUGCGCUUAUUCGUUGUCUUACUGAGUGUGAGAAGAUUGAUACCACGCUCAUAUUUAUACAGUUAAUAUGUCACUAUUACCAGCAGCCGGUUAGCUUAGCUUAGCAUAAGCUAGACUGCCUCUAUCAAACUGUAAAAAUCCUUAUACCAGCACUUGUAAAUCUCACUAAUUAACAUGGUUUGUUUACAAUAAAGUGUAAAACCAUUAA